AUGAGCGCAAUUCUCUCCGCAGACGAUUUAAAUGAUUUCAUUUCCCCAGGAGUCGCAUGUAUAAAACCCGUCGAAACUUUACCAGCUGCAAAACCUUCUGCGGAUAAUGAACUCGAAAUAUCCUUCAAUACCGAUGCCCCUCUUCCUUCCGAUUUACCCCCCGCCCAGAUAUCACUCACGGAUUGUCUCGCAUGUUCAGGAUGCGUCACUUCUGCGGAAGCUGUCCUUGUAUCUUUACAAUCGCAUGCCGAAGUAUUAUCACAAUUAGAUUCAGCGCCUGGUCUUCGCCUAUAUAAAAAUGCGACAGGGACAGGUAUAAAGGUGGAAGGAGUAGAACAAGGAGGGAAAAUAUAUGUCGCAAGUGUCAGUCCGCAAUCACGAGCGAGUAUUGCUGCCACUUUUGGAGUUACCGAACGAGAAGCAGGCUAUAUGAUUGAACACUUACUUAGCGGGCCAAAAGGAAUAAAGAACAGGGCGGUUUAUAGGAAUGCAUUUCAAUGGGUUGUGGAUACAAAUAUUACGAGAGAGGCAUGUUUAGUACUUGGAGCUGAGGAAGUAAUAGCGUCUAUGACAGACACCGGAUCUAAGAAACCAGUCCUGACAUCUUCUUGUCCUGGAUGGGUAUGCUACGCCGAAAAGACACAUCCACACGUUUUACCUCAUUUAUCACGGAUGAAAUCACCACAAGCAUUGAUGGGAACUCUUAUAAAGACGACUUUAAGUCGAAAACUUGGUAUUUCACCUGAUAGGAUAUGGCAUGUAGCUGUUAUGCCAUGUUUCGAUAAAAAGCUGGAAGCUAGUCGAGAGGAAUUGACCGACGCUGUUUGGGAAGGAACAGGAACUAGGGGCGUUAGAGAUGUCGAUUCUGUUAUCACAAGCAAGGAGUUACUCAUGCUCGCAGAUUCCAGAGGCAUCGAAUUUUCCAAAUUACCUCGGACUCCAAUACCUACAUCCUCACGCAUACCGUUCCCAGAUACAAAAAUAGACUCUUUUCUCUUCCCAUCCAAUCGCAAAGGUAGCGGCAACGGUAACCGCGACGCUGGUACUUCCGGUGGAAAUCUUCAUUAUGCCCUCCAUUAUUUUGCAUCCCAGCAUAAAGGAUCAUCCAUCCAAACGAUUAAAGGUCGAAACGUAGAUGUUGUGGAUUAUACUGUUGUCGCAGAAAACGGUGAGAUACUGUUAAAGGCAGCCAGAUAUUAUGGAUUCCGAAAUAUUCAAAAUCUUGUCCGACGACUAAAGCCAGCAAAGCCGUCUCGAAUGCCUGGUGGUAAACCUAUCGGAAGCGCUAGGCGGCCAAAUGGUAAAGCUUCCGGUCCCGAUUAUAGUUAUGUUGAAGUUAUGGCAUGUCCAGGUGGUUGUACCAACGGGGGUGGUCAGAUCAAGGUUGAUGAUCCAAUAAAUACUAGCCGGUUGGAAGGCGAUGCGAAAGCCGGUCCACAAGAACAAAAAAUGUGGCUGGCUCAAGUUGAUGAGGCAUACUUCUCUGGAGAAGAUAAUGUGGAGUCAUCGAGUGUUGAUGACCGUAAUGAUUUAGUUGAAGGGAUCUCACCAUCAUACAUCAAAGAUACUCUAUCGCAUUGGGCGGCAACCACGGGCCUAGAUCUGGAAAGAUUGGUGUAUACGACAUACCGGGAGGUUGUUAGUGAUGUUGGCAAAAAUGUCGGGGAUGCCGAAAGAGUAAUAGAAAUCGCCGGUAAAAUUGGCGGAGGUUGGUAG